AAAUUUAGGCCGAGAUGUAUUCUGCUACAUGUCUUUGGUGAAGAUAACCCAAAUUAGGACGUAUUAUUUAGUCCAAGAACGUCAGAACAGUACAGAUAUCCCCCAAAUGUCAGGACAGUACAGAUAUCCCCCAAAUGUCAGGACGGUACAGAUAUCCCCCAAAUGUCAGGACGGUACAGAUAUCCCCCAAAUGUCAGGACGGUACAGAUAUCCCCCAAAUGUCAGAACAGUACAGAUAUCCCCCAAAUGUCAGGACAGU